GAUCUUCCUCUGAUUCGCACUAUAAAUAUAGAGCAGAACCAAGCACAAAUGGAACAACCAAACCAAAGUUGCUUUCUAGUUCGUUGAAAACCAACAAGAGAACUUCAAUGGCUACUCACUCAAGAUUUUUAUACGUGCUUCUUCUUCUUUCAUGCAUUGUUUUUGCAUUGAUUGCGGAGAGUUCUGGAGAUAAUGUGGAGAAUAAAAAUGAGGAUGAUGAUUGUUCUUCGUGGAGUUGGCGUGGAUGCGGCAGUUUUUAUAGACAACCUUCCAAAACAUAUGGUGCUGGAUAUGGUGGUGAAAGGUAUGGCCAUGGAGAAAGGUAUGGAGCUGGUAUGAAUGGUUAUGGUGGUGGCUAUGGUGGUGGUGGUGGCGGCGGAGAAGGUGGUGGUGCCAAUGGAGGAUCAGGUCAUGGAAGUGGAUCCGGCGCGGGUGCUGGUGUUGGAGUUGGUGGAGCAGCAGGUGGAGCAGGAGGAGGUGGAGGCGGCGGUGGUGGAGAAGGUGGUGGUUCCAAUGGAGGAUCAGGUCGUGGAAGUGGAUCCGGCGCGGGUGCUGGUGUUGGUGUUGGUGGAGCAGGAGGAGGUGGAGGCGGCGGGGGUGGAGAAGGUGGUGGUUCCAAUGGAGGAUCAGGUCAUGGAAGCGGAUCUGGCGCAGGUGCUGGUGUUGGUGUUAGUAAAGCAGGGGGUGGAGCAGGAGGAGGUGGAGGAGGCGGGGGAGGAGAAGGCGGUGGUGCAAAUGGAGGAUCGGGUCAUGGAAGUGGAUCCGGCGCGGGUGCUGGUGCUGGUGUUGGAGUUGGGGGAGCAGGAGGAGGUGGAGGAGGCGGCGGCGGUGAAGGUGGUGGUGGUGGUGCUGCCAAGGGAGGAUCAGGUCAUGGAAGCGGAUCCGGCGCUGGUGCUGGUGUUGCAGUUGGUGGAAUAUCGGGUGGUGCAGGAGGAGGUGGAGGAGGCGGGGGUGGAGAAGGUGUUGGUGCCAAUGGAGGAUCGGGUCAUGGAAGCGGAUCAGGCGCGGGUGCUGGUGGCGGAGUUGGUGGAGCAGCGGGUGGAGCAGGAGGAGGUGGAGGGGGUGGGGGUGGAGAAGGUGGUGGUACCAAUGGAGGUUCUGGUCAUGGAAGCGGAUCCGGUGCUGGUGCUGGUGCUGGUGUUGGAGUUGGUGGAGCAGGGGGUGGAGGUGGAGGAGGUGGUGGCGGAGAAGGCGGUGGUGCCAAUGGAGGAUCCGGUCAUGGAAGUGGAUCAGGGGCUGGUGCUGGUGUUGGAGUUGGAGGAGCAGGAGGAGGUGGAGGUGGUGGUGGUGGUGGUGGAGAAGGUGGUGCUGCCAACGGAGGUUCUGGUCACGGAAGCGGAUCCGGUGCUGGUGCUGGUGUUGGAGCAGCAGGUGGAGCAGGUGGAGGUGGUGGUGGAGGAGGUGGAGGAGGAGGAGGUGCUGGUUCCGGCAAUGGAUAUGGUUACGGUAGUGGUUAUGGUGCUGGUUUUGGUAUGGGUAAAGGUAGUGGUAGUGGAGGAGGUGGCGGUGGCGGUGGAGGUGGCGGUGGUGGUGGGGGUAGCGGUGGAGGAAGUGGAAGUGGAAGUGGAAGUGGAAGUGGAAGUGGAAGAGGAGAAGGAUAUGGGACGGGAGGAGGAACCGGUAUAAGCAAUGGAGGAGGAGUAGGAGUAGGGUUUGGAAUGGGUAUUGGCUUUGGUAUUGGCAUUGGAGGAGGAAGUGGUGGUGGUGCCACUUAUCAAACCAAUAUCAACGGAGAGAAAAAUUCUCCUUAAGGAAUAUGGAGGCGAUAGAUAUCUAUCUCACUGUCAACUCCAUUUGAUAAGGAUUUUCGUUUUAAUUUUUGAUUUUUAGUUAUUUUAUGUUAUAAAUCUCAUCGAUAAAAUCAAGUACGAUGAAUUCAUUUUCCCACAUAAUAAAAUUACAGGACUUUGUUUUAA